UGCAAAAGAGCUUGUCUGGUUAUGAAGAAGACAUCCAGAUGCGUGCUCACCUUAUUUUAAUUCCCACAACCUCUUUCCAUCCACUGAAUUCCAACAGCUUACUUCAAAACCUGGUUCAUAAGCCCAGGGAUACCACUUCCAUAUACCUUUUGUAUUCAACCCCUCCUCUCCAACAAAACCCUAGAAAUCUCUCCCAUCCUCUUCCUAAAUGCUACUCCUACUUCCAUUACUACAAUGGUUGUUGAACUUGGCCUACUUUCAUUGACCCAACACGAGAAACUGGCUGACCAACAUUCAAAUCCUGGCUCCAUUACCAGCUCGUGGAUGUGGAACCCCAGGCGAGCCGAAGAAGAUGAUGAUUCAUGGGAAGUACGGGCCUUCGCCGAAGACACUGGCAAUGUUAUGGGCACCACAUGGCCUCCACGCUCCUACACUUGCACCUUCUGCAGGCGUGAAUUCCGGUCAGCUCAGGCACUCGGAGGCCACAUGAAUGUGCACCGCCACGACCGUGCCAAACUCCGCCAGUCAUCACUUGGCUUUGAUCCAUCGUCUUCAUCCGCCUCUUCUCCCUCUCUCAUUUUCCCAACUCAAGAAUUUGUCACAACAAGCGGGUUGUGCCUUUUAUACCCUUUCCUAGCCCCUAAUGCUGUUUUUACACCGAUGCCGGUGAAUGGUUGCUUGAAUUCUCCUUCUACUCUCCUCUCUAUCUCACCUUAUAUGGCAAACAACAUGAUAUCAUCAUGUUCACCUUCACCAUCUAUUGAUCUUCCCAUGAUGACAGGCGUCGGUACUUCGGUCUGUAACUUGGGCAAUGAAGAAACCCUAGUCCCAGUUGACGGCGGCGACGAUGAUGACGACGAUGACGACGAAAACAACAACAAGAAGAAGAAGACUGAGUUGGCUGUUGAAGAAAUCGAUCUAGAGCUUCGGCUGGGACAACGGCCAUCGCCACAGUAAAACGGAAUCUAUGUGGUAAUUUCUAGAUACAUAUAUUGAAUCAGUGCUUAUUGUUCUUGAAAGUGUUUUCCAAUAGUACUGCAUAAGAUAAGACCAGUUCUUGUAGAAUAGUGUAAGCUGAUCUUCCACUGUUGAUUCUGUCUGUAAUAGUUUUGAUGGAAGUUGCUAUGGCCUGAUAAUACUGGCCAUGUGAAGAGAAGGCCAGUUUGUAAAAUUAAUAAAACUUAUGAUGAUGAUGAUGAUGAUAAGGGCCUGGUUUAUGUGCAUACAUUGUACAGGGGAAG